AUGACGUUACACCGGCGCGCGCUCUUAUCUCCCGAACGAGCGUUCUCCUCCCGCGUGGACUUUCGCACCCCCGGGGCUUUGACUUGCGGAGAUAAGCCCGGCGCAGCAGCAAUGUUUUCGCCCAAGUCGCCCAGAAACCCGUCCAGGAACGAGCCCCGGCCACCGCCGCCGGCGGCCGCCUCCGGGGAGCACAUCUCCAUGGUGGAAUGCGGCUGUCGGCCGGAAUGCACCUGUGGCGUCCCCCCCGCGCGCUGCGUCGCGAGGCUCUGCUCCGCCGGAGCCACGAAGAGAGGCCCUGCCAUUGACGAACAAGGCUUCGACAACUUGGCCUACGAGUAUGGGAGCCAGAGCGAGCUCUACCCAUCGCCAAAACCCGCCUCCAGAGCCUCCUUUAAACUCCUGGGACUGACCUCGGAGCACCAAGCGGUGGAAACCACACUCAGCAGCCUGAAUGGAGUACUGGCUGUCAUUUGGUCGGUGCCUGACAGUUUUGUCCAGGUGGACUAUGACACCUCGGUUACGACAAUCAGAGCCAUGGCCCUGCAGCUCCAGACUCUGGGAUGCGGUGUGGAGGCAGCGGUGCAGAUCCGGGUGGACGGCAUGCACUGCCAAUCCUGUGUGCGGUCCAUUCAGGGACGCAUCGGAGACCUUCCGGGGGUUUCACACAUUCAGGUGUCCCUGCAGGACAGCUUGGCUGCGAUCGUAUUUCAGCCUGUCCACGUCACACAGCAAGAGCUGAGAGACAAGAUUGAGGAGAUGGGCUUUGGUGCGGUCGUAUCGGAUGAGGAUCCGCCCAGUGGAGGUUCAGAGUACUGGCAGCUGGACCAGUUGACUGUGACACCCCAGACUGUAAGCAUUGGCAUUGUGGGGAUGACCUGCAGCUCCUGCGUGCAGUCCAUAGAAGGCAGGAUCUCGCAGAUGAGCGGAGUGAGGUCCGUAACCGUGUCGCUGAAGGAGCAAGAGGGAACCAUACAGUUUGACCCGAGCCUAACGGAGCCGGAGCAGCUGAGGGCUGCCAUAGAAGACAUGGGCUUUGAUGCAGCCCUUCCAGGGCCCAUAAUGGGUAUAAAGAUCCACAAAAAGCAAGAUCUUCCCAAACCACAGUCACCCGGCAGGGCGGGAGCCAUUAACGGCACCGCGUCACAGGCGGACCCGGCAAGCUGCCAUCCAGGCCCCCCCGAGAAGAGGGCGCAGAAAUGCUUUAUCUCUGUGACGGGCAUGACCUGCGCCUCCUGCGUGGCCAACAUCGAAAGAAACCUGCUCAAAAACAGGGGGAUCAUCUCGGUGCUGGUGUCGCUCAUGGCCGGAAAGGCGGAGGUGAAGUACGACGCGGACGUCCUGGAAACUGGCGCCGUCACCCGGCUCAUAGAGGACCUGGGUUUCGGGGCCAAGUUGAUGGAGGACAACGCGGUAACGCAGGGAAAAUUGGACCUUAACAUAACGGGCAUGACGUGUGCCUCGUGCGUCCACAACAUCGAGUCAAAGCUGACCACGACCAAGGGGAUCCACAGGGCUUCUGUUGCCCUGGCAACAAGUAAGGCACAGAUCCAGUUCGACCCAGAGGUGAUCGGAGCGCGAGAUAUCAUCAGGAUCAUUCAGAGCCUUGGAUUUGAGGCCAGUCUGGUGAAGGUGGGGUUCCAAAACAACCUUGAUCACAAAGAAGAAAUUCGACAGCAAGUAUCUGUUUUAAAAACCUUUAAGCUAAAUGGUGCCGAUUCGAGCGAAACGUCUCUGAAGUGGAAGAAUUCCUUCCUGCUCAGCCUCGUUUUUGGCCUGCCCGCCAUGGGCCUCAUGAUUUACAUGAUGGUGAUGGACAGCCAGCACCAAGAACACGGAGGCUCCAUGCCUGAGGAGCAGAAUGUCCUGCCGGGCCUCUCCCUCCUCAACCUGGCCUUCUUCCUGCUCUGCACGCCGGUGCAGGUUUUUGGUGGCAGGUACUUCUACGUCCAGGCGUAUCGCUCAUUGAAACACCGCACGGCCAACAUGGACGUCCUGAUAGUUUUGGCCACCUCCAUCGCCUACAUUUACUCCUGCGUGGUCCUCGUCGUCGCCAUGGCAGAGCGGGCCAGCCAAAGCCCCGUCACGUUUUUCGACACGCCGCCCAUGCUCUUUGUGUUCAUCGCCCUUGGCCGAUGGCUGGAACACAUCGCCAAGAGCAAAACCUCGGAAGCCUUGGCCAAGUUGAUGUCCCUGCAAGCCACCGACGCCACCGUGGUCACUUUGGGGCCCGACCGCUCCGUCGUCAGCGAGGAGCAGGUGGUGGUGGAGCUGGUCCAGCGGGGCGACGUCGUGAAGGUGGGCCCCGGGGGAAAGUUUCCCGUCGACGGCAAAGUGAUUGAGGGAAGCUCCAUGGCAGAUGAGUCCUUGAUUACAGGCGAGCCGAUGCCCGUUAGUAAGAAAGUGGGCAGUCUGGUGAUCGCGGGCUCCAUUAACGCCCACGGGGCUCUCCUGGUGGAGGCCACUCACGUUGGUUCUGAAACCACCUUGUCUCAGAUAGUGAAACUGGUGGAAGAAGCACAGACCUCAAAGGCCCCCAUCCAGCAGUUUGCGGACAGGCUCAGCGGGUACUUUGUUCCCUUCAUCGUUCUGGUUUCGCUCCUGACACUCGUGGCCUGGUUGGCCGUAGGGUUCGUCGACUUCGACCUCGUCAAGGAGAACUUCCCGGGUUACAACCAGAGCAUAUCCAAAAGCGAAGUCAUCGUCCGCUUCGCUUUCCAGGCGUCCAUCACAGUCCUGUCCAUCGCCUGCCCCUGCUCCCUGGGGCUGGCGACCCCCACGGCCGUCAUGGUGGGAACAGGGAUCGGUGUGGUGAUGUUCGACAAGACGGGCACCAUCACAAACGGCGUGCCGCGGGUGACUCGUGUCCUGGUGCUGUGGGAAAUGGCCCGCAUGCCCCUGAGGAAGAUCCUGGCGCUCGUCGGCACGGCGGAGGCCAGCAGCGAGCACCCACUGGGCCUCGCAGUGGCCAAGCACUGCAAAGACGAGCUUUGCUCUGACGUCCUGGGAUACUGCCAGGACUUCCAGGCGGUGCCCGGCUGUGGGAUCAGCUGCCGGGUGUCCAGCGUGGAACAUCUGCUGCAGCAGGAGGGCGACCAGUGCUUCCCGCUGCCCGGAGCCACCACUGACGAAAGCUCGCUUCCUCCUGCCGAGGAACCCUGCCCACCAGCUGUGGCCAAGUCUUACUCGGUCUUGAUCGGGAACCGAGAGUGGAUGAGGAGGAACGGCCACCACAUCAAAGCGGACGUGGACGCCGCCAUGUCCAGCCACGAAACCAAAGGCCAGACGGCCAUUCUGGUGGCCAUAGACGGUCAGGACCCGGCGGCUCUGGGGCUCUGCCUCUGUCGGCGCCCGACUCUGACCCUGCCGUACGUCCUUUUCGCAGGUGUUCUGUGCGCCAUGAUCGCCAUCGCCGACACGGUGAAGGCGGAGUCGGCCUUAGCCGUGCACACGCUCAACAGCAUGGGCAUCGAGGUGGUCAUGAUAACGGGAGACAACAGGCGCACGGCCAAAGCCAUAGCGGCGCAGGUGGGCAUCAGGAAGGUGUUCGCAGAGGUGCUGCCGUCGCACAAGGUGGCCAAAGUGCAGGAGCUGCAGGCCAGAGGCCUGCGGGUGGCCAUGGUGGGGGACGGGGUCAACGACUCGCCCGCGCUCGCCUCCGCCGACGUGGGCAUCGCCAUCGGCACCGGCACCGACGUGGCCAUCGAGGCGGCCGACAUCGUCCUGAUCCGGAAUGACCUGCUGGACGUGGUGGCCAGCGUGGAGCUGUCCAAGAAGACGCCCUGGAUGGGCUCUGCCGCCAUGGCCGCCUCCUCCGUAUCGGUGGUCCUGUCCUCUCUGCUGCUGAGGAUGUACAAGAAGACCUCAGCGGAGUUCUAUGAGUCCCGUGCCAGGGGCCAAAUGAGGAGCCUGCGCUCGUCUCAGAUCAGCACACAUCUGGGUCUGGAGGGCCGGCGGCAAAGUCCAGCUGUCAGGGGCCCAGCUCGAGAAGAGCCGGGCCAGAACUCCACAACCUCUACGGGCCUCUCGAGCCAGCGGGCCUCCAUCAGGACCCCCCCGGAGCAGGACCGCUACUCCUUCCUGGAGCGGCAGAAAGCGGCGGACCUUAAUGUCUUGUAA